GUGGUGCGCGGGGGCGCAGGUUGCGUGUGGCGCGGGGCGGGGCGCGGCCGGUGCGCCUGAGGAGCGAUGGCGGCGUUCUGAACUCACCUAGCACCGCGGUGGCGGUCGGGCCUGCUCAGAGCCGGGGUUCUGUGGGUGACGGUCUGUAGGUCUGGAUUGGGCCGCGACCUCCGGGCCCACUGCUCCAGCCGGGUGCAUCUUCUGGCUCCAUGGACAGCUCCUGGCUCUUACAGACCGGAUGAAGCAGGCUAGAGACACGCUCGGAGAAGGCCUCCGGCUGGCGGAGUCUCAGAGCGUGGCCCGCUGGCCGCCGGCCCUGCCCAGCCUGCCUCAUGGAGAGGAUGAACUGGCUGAGCAGACUGGCCUCGCGGGGCCCCGGGCACCGUGCACCCCAAGGGGCCAGUCUGCAGACCCCCGUCAUGGCCGACCCUGAGACCUGCCUCAUGGUCCUCAAGAACCACUGGUCCCAGGUGGUGCGGAUCCUGGAGCGGCAGGGCCCUCGGGCGGCCCCCGGGGGUGCGGACGACCUCAGCGCCGUGCGCAACCACACCUACCAGAUGCUGACCCUGCUGGCCGAGGAUCGGGCGAGCCCCUCGGCGCCCACGGCUCCGGGCCUGCUGGAGUUUGCGCUGCGCGAGGAUCUGCUCACCCGUGUGUUGGCCUGGCAGCUUCAGUGGGACGAGUUCGGGGACGGGGUUGAGGAACGGCGGGCUGAGCAGCUGAAACUCUUUGAGAUGCUGGUGAGCGAAGCUCGCCAGCCACUGCUGCGGCAUGGUCCAGUUCGCGAGGCCCUGCUGGUCUUGCUGGAUGCCUGCGGCCGCCCCGUGCCCAGUAGCCCAGCCCUGGACGAAGGCCUGGUGCUCCUCCUCAGCCAGCUGUGCGUGUGCCUGGCCCGGGAGCCUUCGCUGCUCGAGUUCUUCCUGCAGCCGCCUCCUGAGCCCGGAGCUGCGCCCCGCCUGCUGCUCUUUUCUCGCCUUGUCCCUUUCGUCCAUCGAGAGGGCACCCUGGGCCAGCAGGCCCGUGACGCCCUACUCCUGCUCAUGGCUUUAUCAGCUGGGAGCCCCACUGUGGGCCACUACAUCGCAGACCACUCGUACUUCUGCCCGGUGCUGGCCACAGGGCUGAGCGCCCUGUACUCUUCACUGCCCCGAAAGAUCGAAGUGCCCGGGGAUGACUGGCACUGCCUGCGACGGGAGGACUGGCUGGGAGUGCCAGCCCUUGCGCUCUUCCUGAGUUCCCUGGAGUUCUGCAAUGCGGUCAUCCAGGUGGCUCACCCUCUGGUGCAAAAGCAGCUGGUUGAUUACAUCCAUAACGGGUUCCUGGUGCCCGUCAUGGGCCCUGCCCUGCACAAGACCUCCGUGGAGGAGAUGAUCGCCAGUACCGCCUAUCUGGAGCUUUUCCUACGGAGCAUCUCGGAGCCCGCGCUGCUCCGGACCUUCCUGCGGUUCCUGCUGUUACACCGGCAUGACACCCACACCAUCCUUGACACCCUGGUGGCCCGCAUUGGCAGCAACUCCCGGCUCUGCAUGGUCUCCCUGAGCCUCUUCAGGACCCUGCUGAACCUCAGCUGUGAGGAUGUCCUGCUGCAGCUGGUUCUCAGGUAUCUUGUCCCGUGUAACCACGUGAUGCUGAGCCAGAAGCCAGCCGUGCGCGACGUGGACCUGUAUGGCCGGGCAGCAGACAAGUUCCUCUCCCUCAUCCCGCGCUGCUGUCGGCACCGUGCCCCCAGCCCGCCCCGGCCGGAGCAUGCCUCGUGGGCACGAGGUGGGCCUAGCCGAGAGGCAGGGAGAAGGGAGGACACGACGGGCCCUGGAAGCCCAAGCGUUGACUCCUCUUCUGUGGUGACGGUACCCCGGCCCUCCACGCCGUCUCGCCUGGCCCUCUUCCUGCGACAGCAGAGCCUGGGGGGCUCCGAGGCCCCAGCCCCAGCCCCUCGCUCCCCAGGGCUCGCUGCAUCCCCAGCCUCCAGCCCUGGCCGGCGGCCCAGCCCCGCGGAGGAGCCUGGUGAGCUGGAAGACAAUUACCUGGAGUACCUGCGUGAGGCGCGCCGUGGCGUGGACCGCUGUGUCCAGGCCUGCCGAGCCUGGUCUGCCCCCUAUGAUGGCGAGCGGCCCCCUCCUGAGCCCAGUCCCCUUGGCUCCCGGACUAAGAAGCGCAGCCUCCUGGCGGAGGAGGACGGGGACAAUGCGGGGGAGGGCGAGGAGGAGGAGCUGGGGGGCGGGGGGCUGGCUGGGGGUGCUAGGGAGGGCCCCGGCCACCUGCCCCCUCCCCAGCUCAAUGGGGUACCAGGACCGUGGCCUGAGGGGGCCAAGAAGGUUCGUCGGGUGCCCCAGGAGGGAGCUGGGGAGCUGCCGGAGGGCACCCCCGAGGCUGUGGCAGGACUAGAGGGCUUUGGGCAGGAGCUCCGGGAGCUGGAGGUGGCCCUGAGCAAUGGGGGCGCCGGCUCAGAGCCCUCCCUAGAGCCUUCACUACCUCUUGAGGAGGAGGAGGCCUACGAGAGCUUCGCCUGUCCCCCCGAGCCCCCCGGCCCCUUCCUCAGCAGCCCCUUGCGGACGCUCAACCAGCUGCCAAGCCAGCCCUUCACUGGCCCCUUCAUGGCUGUGCUCUUUGCCAAACUCGAGAACAUGCUGCAGAACUCCGUCUAUGUCAACUUCCUGCUGACGGGGCUGGUGGCCCAGCUGGCCUGUCACCCCCAGCCCCUGCUCCGCUCUUUCCUGCUCAACACCAACAUGGUCUUCCAGCCCAGUGUCAAGUCCCUGCUGCAGGUGCUGGGCUCUGUGAAGAAUAAGAUCGAGAGCUUCGCAGCCUCCCAGGAGGACUUUCCCGCACUGCUCUCCAAAGCCAAGAAGUACCUCGUUGCCCGUGGCAAGUUGGACUGGACCGAGGGCUCGGCAGCAGGACCUGCCCCCCGCCGCUCUGAUUCACUGGUGAAGAGCCGGAGGCCGUCCCUGGGGGAGCUGCUCCUGCGGCACGCACACAGCCCGACGCGGGCGCGGCAGGCGGCGCAGCUGGGCAUCCAGCCUGGCAGAGACAGCGGCGGACUGGGCCUGGGCGGGGGCUCCCCAGGGGCGUCGACGCCGGUCCUGCCCCCCCGGGGCGGGACCCCCGAGCGCCAGGGCGAGGCUCUGCGAGUCAAGAACGCCGUCUACUGCGCAGUCAUUUUCCCUGAGUUUCUCAAGGAGCUGGCGGCCAUCUCCCAGGCCCACGCGGUCACCUCGCCCUUCUUGUUGGAUUCUUCCGAGGAGGCCCCCGGCCCUCCCGUCUCAGGCUUCGGGCCCCUCAACCCCUAACUUUCUUCGGUGGACAAUCAGGGCCUUGAGUGGCCUGCGCUGGGGCCGGCCUGUCGGCUCCUUUUUAUGUUUGCAGGCAGUGGCAAGAGGACUUUUUAAUUUAUUUCCAAUGAAUGUUUUCUGGAGAACUUGUUGCAAUAUGUAUAAAAGGGAAAUCUCUA